UAGCUGGAAAAUGGAUUUUAUUAGAACUGUUUCCUUGAUCUGUAUGAGGAGAAAACCGCUCUUUGUCAAUCAGAAAUCAGUUGUAAGAUGUUUUUGUCAAAAAGCUUCAGAGAAUAGCUCACAAAAGAUAGACAAACCUUAUGAGUCAGCUGUUGAUAGAUUAUACAAAAAACUGAUGGGAAAAGUUCCACAAUCAGUUGUAGUAGUGACAACGGCAGAAUAUGAUAUCCUAAAGAACAGGUGGAUGAACAAAGGAUUAACCUGUACGUCCUUCACAAAUGUCUCUUACCAUCCACCUAUUGUAUCAUUCUGUGUAAAUCACCCAAGUAAAAUGCAUGAUCUACUUUUGAGAACUCAGCACUUUGCCAUCCAUGUGUUGGGAAAAGAUCAGGUUGCAUAUAGUUUAGAAUUUGCCAAGCAUGUAAAUGAUGAUAUAGAUCAAUUUGCCAGAGUACCACACACACAGGGACAUGAGGGAAUUCCCAUUAUAGCCGGCUGCUCUGCUGUAAUGCAAUGUAGAGUACACUCCGUACACACUGUUGGAGACCACCAUGUAUGGUAUGGCAGUGUAUUUGAUGCAGUUGUUUCAGAUAAUGCUCCAGAUACACUUUUAUAUUACUUUAAAUCUUUUAGAUCAGUAGGUGAUGAAAUAUUUAUAAAAGCUUUUGAGGAUGCAACUUUACCCUAUGAAGACUGGACACAUGAAGCUCAUUUAAGAAUGGCCUGGACUUAUAUCACUGAAUAUGGUAAAGAGAAGGCUACCCCUUUUAUUAGGGAAGGAAUUCAACAUUUCAAUGAACAAAACAAAGACAAAGUAAAGUUUGGUUACCAUGAGACAAUAACAGGAUUCUAUAUAUCUAUAGUAGCUGAUAGUGUUAAUAGAACAUCUGCAGUAACUUUUGAUGAAUUUAUAUCAAAGAAUUUGUUUUUAUUUGACAAAAAUGUGAUAUCUAAAUACUAUACAAAAGACAGACUUUAUAGUGAUGAUGCCAGACACAGUUUUGUAACACCUGAUAUAUGUCCCCUUCCAUGUUAGACACCAGAGGAAGAAUUCCACCAUCAAGUAUCAUGUGAUAUUAUUUAUAAUAGGCUUUAUUAAUUGUGUUAGCAGUGUACUUCCAUUUCAUUAGAAAUUUUAUGUCUCUGCUUUGUCAAGCAAGAUGGAUUGAGAUUUUAAUAGUCUUUGUUUGUAAUAUGUGCUGAUCUGAUUUAUUUUAUUUUUAGGUCUAUUUUUAAGAAACUACUUACAAUAUUAAUGGUAUUUCACCACUUAAGACUCUGGUUUCUUUCAUUCUUAUUUUACAAGCAUAACAUCAUACAUAAGAACCAUAUCUAGUCUUUUAUGUUCAACAAUGAUAACAACUUUGUUAAGUGUUUUCAACACCAUAACUAUGGCUGAAAUGCAUGUUUGAGUGACCUUUUGUACAACCAAGUUUUCCUCCUAUGGUUUGUAAUACCUUCCAUAGUUCUGUUUACCUUUCGAUUUGUUUUAAAAAAAAGAAGUGCUUGAUCAUUAAGUAACAAUUUUUUUAUGCUGUAGCAGAGGAGGGCAUUAAGUUUUGGCCUUGUCUGUCUGUACGUAGGUAUGUCGAUACGUUCCUACAUCCCAAAGUUGGUUUCUGUUCUCUAACUUUAGUUUGCUUCAACCAUAUGUUUUGUUAUUCAAACUAAAUGCUUAUUACAGAAAACAGAUCAAGUGUGAAUUUUGGUUGCAUCACUUUUACUGUUCUAGAGUUCUGCCCCUUAACUAAUGAAAAAAUUCCUGAAUUUUUAACUGGAUUUUUGCGACUCAAAUGUUGGUUAUUGAUUUUGGGAUGUACGGCGGGCCGUUAGUCAGGAGGACGGCAACCAAAUGUUGUCCAAACAUUUACUCAUGAACCGUUCAACCAACGCCUUUAAAAUUUUAUUAUGUUGUUACUGACAACAAAAUGAAGGUCAAGUUUAAGAAUGACGAUUUUGACUUUUACCGUUCAGGAGUUAUGGUUCUUGAAAGAUUGAAAAAUAAUGUUUGCAGUCGUGUCCAUGAGUUUACGCAUGAACUGUUCAACCAAAGCUUUUCAAAUUUUGAUAUUUUUACUGAUGACAAAAUGGAGUUCAAGUUCAAGUUCCAUUAUGUUGAUUUAGACUUUUACCAUUCAGGAGGUAUGGUUCUUGAAAGAUAAAAAAAGACUUUUCCAUUCAUGUUGUUGCAUUUACACAUUCAACCUCAGCUCUUUCAAAUUUCAAUAUGUUGAUACUGAUGACAAAAUGGAGGUCAAAUUUGAUAUUGAGGAUUUUCAAUUUCACUGUUCAUCAGUUAUGGUUCAUGUGAUAUUGCUAGGACAAAAAAAAUGUUAAUAAAUCCGGUUUGCUGUCGUUGUGACAGCCUCUUGUUUGUUCCUGUUUCUAUCCCAAAGUUGGUUUCUGUUCUCUAACUUUAGUUUGCCUUAACCAAAUUUUAUUAACUUAUACAAAAUAUAUUUUGUUUUCAUGUUUUAAAAUCU